GAUGCCGGGAACGAAAUCUUGUCAAGCCUUCACGACAUCCAUGUUGUCCUCACUUCCUCCAGAGCUACUUUAUAAGGUUGGACUUGAGACUACGCGACUUGAGGACAGGAAAAGUCUUCGCAGGACUUGCUCCUUGUUUGCAGAGAUCUUCAGAGCUCAUGUCCUGGCUGAAGUGACACUAAAUAUUCACGGAGAUAAACUGGAUCCCGGUAUCAGCUUGUUACAAGCCCUUGUCGACGAUCAGGAUUCAAAGUCGGGCCUUGCUAAAUUCAUCAAAACCCUCUGUAUUGAGUCACUUUCGCCGUCUUAUUCUCUCGAAUCUGAGCGGGAAUUUGAAAGGAAGCAGGGAGAGUGUAGAAUUUCGUAUCAUGCGGAAACCCUAAAGAGGUCUUGGGUGAAGACUGAGUCGGACAUAGUUUCCAUAGCAGAGAGGAAGUUGCAGCUGUUGCUAGAACCUGCUCUAAAGUCUUUGUCUUGUCUACGGUCAAUCAGAUGGCAAUGGCUUGGAUGGAAGGAAUCUAUAUGGACGUUGAAUGCCGUAGUGGCAUCAUUAUCGAAUAUUCACAAUAUCGAAGAUUAUGCAUUUCAUUAUGAACCCCCAAGUCAUUCACGUUUCCCGCCUCUCCCACCGUUCCCAGAUUUUGGCCGAUUGCAAAAAAUCUCUAUAUCUGGGACUUUCUUCAAUAGCUCCAUAACGUCCCUCAUCGAUCGACUAUCUCUGCCAUCAACAUACCUCACAACACUGAGACUAUUUCGGGAAAGGUCGUACCAUCGUUUCUUCCAUCUGAAUGCCGUUGUCCCUCCUACAAUACUUAACCUCAGCCUUGCCGGAUUCAUGCUUGACUUCUCUCAGAUCGUCCACGGUAAUCUUACCUCACUGGAACUUGGUGAUGUCUACAGUCCCGGUACGCAGAACUUGGACACAAAACUGAACGCGCUUUGGAUUUCACUUUUGGCUCAGGACAUCCGUCUCCAGAGUCUCAUCCUAUCAAGUUCGGCCACCGAAUUCACUGAUGGGUUCUUUAAUUACCUUCAGUCCUAUCGUGGGCUUGAGGUCCUCUCAUUCCGAGGUCCAUGGGCUUAUAGCGAGGUGGAAUACGACGACGCUGCAAAUAGGUUCUACAGAGAUGUUUUACCAAUGCAUGCAGAUUCGCUUGUGAAGCUAGAACUGAGGGUGGUGUUUGAGAGCAGGUGGUGUUUCGGAGAGCACAAUGUCGAGGCGUUUCGGAGAUGCAGAAAAUUGAAAAGCCUUUGGGUCAAAAUAAAUCAUAGAGGACUCGAAGAGGACCCAACACCUUACAAACCAGAUAUAUACGCUGACAACAAUUCACCACUCAGAACACCUUUUCCAAACUCUGUGCAUCUCUUACUCAAAAUGAUCUCGUCCUAUAUUCCAGAUCUUGAGAGACUCACCAUCGAACCUGCGCGAAACCCUGAGUGGGCACAUCACCGUGGAGAUGGGAUCUGGCUCUUGGGAGCGAAAUUUUGCUUGGGGAUUCGACGACGUCUGCAUGCUUCAGUCCGAAGUUUUGUUGCUUGGGAUUCAUCGUCUACUAACAGUGUAAGUGGAGAUGUGCGAAAUUGGGUGAGGAUGUAUGUCGGGAAUGAGAAAGUAAUUGUUCCAGUCCAGAUUCCAAGUCACCGUAACGGUAUGGUUUCUUUCAAAAAGAAGUCGGCGCUUCCAGCGUCGAUUCUGCAAAAAGUUAUCAGAAGAACAAAAAGCAUAAUCACAGUAUAGAAACGGCCACAAAAUACUGCAACUUAGUAUACUUAGUCCUGAUAGUACAUACAUAUUUUGAAAAAUGUAACAUGCAUCCG